UUACACAUUUUCAUUUACAUUUGCUUUCUUCAUUGGCCUUUGUGUUUUGUGCAACUAAGUCUCUUGUUCAUGGCACCACAUCUGCUCCACGGAGUGCUUCAUGCUACUAUCUAUGAAGUUGAUUCACUCAGCACAGGUUGCGGAUUCAAUCUUUUUUCUCAGGCUUCAAAUCCACAAAGACAAAAGAGAAACCUUUUGUCCCAAGUUAAGAGGAUAUUGCUCUGCAGACCUGAGAUUGUUGGUUCCAAACUCUAUGCAACAGUAGAUUUGGAGAAGGCCAGAGUUGGGCGUACAAGAAUGAUAGAGAAAGAACCAUCCAAUCCGCGGUGGUACGAGUAUUUCCACAUUUACUGUGCUCAUAUGGUGUCCAGCAUUAUUUUCACAGUCAAAGAUGAUAACCCCAUUGGUGCCAUACUCAUCGGAAGGGCUUAUCUACCUGUUGAGGCAAUUUUAAGUGGUUAUGAAGUUGACAGAUGGCUUGAGAUAUUAGACGUUGAUCGCAAUCCAAUAAACUCUAAAAUCCAUGUCAAGUUGCAGUUCACAAGUGUUACUCAAGAUAGUAAUUGGUCACAAGGGCUCAAAAUUCCUUCAGGGGUGCCUAAUACAUUCUUCAAGCAAAGGCAAGGUUGUCAAGUUACACUUUAUCCUGAUGCUCAUGUUUUGGAUGAUAGUCAUUCUAUAUAUCUUAAAUCACAUGGGUAUUAUGAGCCUCAAAGAUGUUGGGAAAAUGUAUUUGAUGCUCUCAAUGGUGCCAAGCAUUUGAUUUAUAUCACGGGGUGGUCUGUUUAUACUGAUUUUAGUUUGAUAAGGGAUCCGCGGAGGCCUAAGCCAGGUGGGGAUAUAACGCUCGGUGAGCUUCUCAAGAAGAAGGCCAAUGAAGGGGUCAAUGUACUUUUGCUUGUUUGGGAUGAUAUAACUUCUUGUGAGCCAUUGAAGAGAGAUGGCCUAAUGGCAACACAUGAUCAAGAGACUGGUAAGUUUUUCCAGAAUACUAAGGUGCAUUGUUAUCUGUGCCCACGAAAUCCGGAUGAUGGGAGGAGUGUUGUUCAGGGGUUUGCUAUUUCUACAAUGUUUACUCAUCAUCAGAAAUCAAUAAUUGUUGAUAGUGAAGGCUUAGGUGGAGAUUUGCAAAAGAGGAGAAUAGUGAGUUUUAUUGGUGGAAUCGAUCUUUGUGAUGGAAGGUAUGACACUGGUGAGCAUUCCCUUUUUUCGACUCUGGGAACCGAGCACAACAAGGAUUUUCAUCAACCAAAUUUUCCAGGUUCUUCAAUCCAGAAAGGCGGUCCAAGGGAACCUUGGCACGACAUACACUGUCGCUUGGAAGGUCCCGUGGCAUGGGAUGUUCUAUACAAUUUCGAACAGAGGUGGAAAAAACAAGUAGGAAACAAAUUUCUGUUUCCACUUCCUGAGCUGGAUAAGUUCAUUAUUCGCCCCUCUCCAGUCACAACAUCACAAGAUCCCGAUACAUGGAACGUUCAACUAUUUAGGUCCAUUGAUGGUGGUGCUGCAUUUGGUUUCCCUCAAAAGCCUGAAGAAGCAUCAGCAUUAGGACUCGUCAGUGGCAAAGAAAAUGUGAUUGACAGGAGUAUUCAGGACGCGUAUAUCAACGCCAUUCGUAGAGCAAAGAACUUUAUUUAUAUUGAAAACCAGUACUUUGUUGGAAGCUCAUUUGGUUGGGAAUCAAAUGACAUUAAGGACGAGGACAUUGCAGCUCUAAAUCUGAUCCCAAAAGAGCUCUCACUGAAGAUAGUUAGCAAAAUUGCAGCAGGGGAAAGAUUCACCGUCUAUAUUGUGAUUCCAAUGUGGCCAGAAGGUAUACCUGAGAGUGCAUCAGUGCAGGCCAUAUUGGAUUGGCAAAGGAGGACAAUGCAGAUGAUGUACAAGGACAUUGCUGUCGCGCUUAAAGCCAAGGGCCUUACUGCCAACCCGAGGGAAUACCUGACAUUCUUUUGCCUUGGAAAUCGCCAAAAUCCAGUGCCAGGGGAGUACGUGCCUCCACAGAAACCAGAGCCUGGUAGUGACUACAGUCGAGCUCAGGAGGCGAGGCGUUUCAUGAUCUAUGUUCAUUCAAAAAUGAUGAUAGUUGACGACGAAUACAUAAUUGUUGGUUCCGCAAAUAUAAAUGAAAGAUCAAUGCAUGGAGCCAGAGACACAGAGAUUGCAAUGGGAGCAUACCAGCCUAAUCAUCUAGCCACCACUCAAGCAGUAUGGGGAAAAAUAUUCGGGUUCCGAAUGGCCUUAUGGUGUGAGCAUCUUAACCACAUAAACGCGGCAUUUUAUCAUCCGGAAUCACUUGACUGUGUUCGAAAAGUGAAUGCAUUGGCUGAUGAAUACUGGAAAAUAUAUGCUGAUGAUGAUUUUGUGCAAGAUCUUCCAGGGCAUCUUCUAAGCUAUCCCAUAUCCGUGUCUCAGAGUGGACAAAUCACAACACUUCCAGGUGUAGAAUGCUUUCCAGAUACUAAAGCUCGUGUUCUUGGCAAGAAAGAUGAGUAUCUUCCUCCAUUUCUAACUAGUUAGUUAGGUUGCUUCUUUCAGACAAGAUACUAUUGUUGUAGUUGUUUCCUUCCGAGUGUACGUUGGUGUAUAUAACUGUGUUAAAAUACUUGAUGUUCGUCUAU